CUCUUUCUUCUUCACUUGCUGCUUGCUUAAUUGUAUUAUUAUUAGGAAAAGUUCAAUUCAAGCAAACAAGUUUCUCAAAGCUUUCUUACAGCUAACCCAUGUUUCCUUUCUCUCUCUAAAAAGCACUUAGCUUUUGUUUUGCCUGCCUAUGCUUCGCUGUUCAUCUUCUUGAGUCAAUCUGUUCUUUUCUUGUUAAUAAGAGUUCUUCAUUAGUAUAUUAGUAUUGAUUUCAUUAUCAUAAAUUAAAAACACAUCUGUUUUUUUGUCAUUAAAGAAAUAGCCAGGGAACGUGCUCUUUUUUUCUUUUGUCUUCUUCCUCCCUCCCUCCCUCUCUCUCUCUCUCUCUCCUUUACACUUUUUUAGUCUUUAAACAAUAACAUAACAACAUUUUCACGCUUGGUGAUUAAAAUGAUUACUGUUAUCUGCAGUUUUUAGUUUUCUUUUUCUCCUUUGGGGUCUCUUUUAUUAUAGAACAAAACAAUCCUUGUUCAUAGUGAUAAUAAUAAAGAUACACUAUGUUUUUGGAAUUUGGGCUGUUUUCCAUCUUUUGAGAGCCAUGCUUGUCUCUCUUAACAGUUGAGUAACUUCUUUUUUUAAUUCAAUUCAAUUCUUGGUCCUUCCUUUUCAGUUCUUGAAAUGGGUUUCUAGUGAAGGGGAGUGUAGAUUCUAUUAUUUUCCAAAAGUUUUAUGCUUUUCUCUUUCUGUUUUUAUAUAUAUUUUAUGGUUUUUGCUUUGAAUCACGUAAAACAACGCUAUAGAUGAUAAUUUACUUCUACUUGAGCUUACAGCAGCAGUAGCACCCUUUUCUUUCUAUAUCAGAAAAAAAGGGUACCUGAAAAUUUGCCAGUCUUUUAAGGGAGCUUCCCUUGUAUAAGUAUACACAUGUCUUUGGAGCUUGCAUGUGUUCUUGGAGACUUUCUCGCUCAGAUAUGAACUGGGUAACAAAGGGGAAGGAAAAAGGCAACAACUUUAUAGAAAGUGAAGCGAUGUUGUUAUUGUUCUAGUUCUUGUUCUCGUUUUUGUGUCAAUUGCUAUGGCUGUGAAGUUGCAUCAGAUCCAUCACCACCACCACCAUCACCACCAUCACUCAGUUUCUGUGAAGGUGAGUGAGCAGCAGAUGGGGACUAAAGGGAGUCACACAUUUAUACAAGCUCACAGAGCUUGGCUUCCGAAACUGUUGUUGCUUUGGGUCAUGUUUGUAGCAUUUGUUUCCUAUUCAAUAUUCAAUAACAUGGAUGCUCAAAAUAAAGUUAGGAGAAAAGAAACGUUGAGUAGUAUGUGUGAUCAAAGGGCAAGAAUGUUGCAAGAUCAAUUUAGUGUUAGUGUCAAUCACGUUCAUGCUCUUGCCAUUCUUGUCUCCACUUUUCAUUACAACAAGAACCCAUCUGCAAUUGACCAGGAAACAUUUGCUGAAUACACUGCUAGAACAUCAUUUGAGCGGCCAUUGUUGAGUGGUGUAGCAUAUGCACAGAGAGUGGUUAAUUCAGAGAGGGAGGAAUUUGAGAGCCAGCAUGGAUGGACAAUAAAGACAAUGGAGAAGGAGCCUUCACCUCUACGAGAUGAGUAUGCUCCGGUGAUAUUUUCUCAAGAAACUGUAUCCUACAUUGAAUCUCUUGACAUGAUGUCAGGGGAGGAGGACAGAGAAAACAUACUGAAUGCUAGAGCUACAGGGAAAGCUGUUUUGACUAGCCCCUUCAGGUUGCUAAAUUCCCAUCAUCUUGGCGUGGUGUUGACAUUCCCUGUUUACAAAUCCAAACUUCCUCCAAACCCCACAGUGUCACAGCGCAUAGAAGCAAGUGCAGGAUAUCUUGGUGGAGCCUUUGAUGUUGAAUCCCUUGUGGAGAAUUUACUUGGACAACUUGCUGGGAAUCAGGCAAUAUUGGUGAAUGUUUAUGAUGUAACUAAUGCCUCUGAUCCAUUAAUCAUGUAUGGUGUCCAAAAUCAAGAUGGUGACAUGUCUCUUGUUCAUGAAAGCAAGCUUGAUUUUGGGGACCCCUUUAGGAAGCAUCAGAUGAUAUGUAGGUACCAUGAGAAGGCACCAACAUCAUGGACAGCACUCACUACUGCUUUCUUAUUUUCUGUGAUUGGUUUGUUAGUGGGUUACAUCUUAUAUGGAGCAGCAAAUCAUAUUGUAAAGGUUGAGGAUGAUUUUCACGAAAUGCAGGAGCUGAAAGUCCGAGCAGAAGCUGCUGAUGUUGCCAAAUCCCAGUUUCUAGCUACUGUAUCUCAUGAAAUCAGAACUCCUAUGAAUGGAAUCCUUGGAAUGCUUGCUUUGCUCCUGGAUACUGAUUUAAGUUCAACACAGAGGGAUUAUGCUCAAACUGCUCAAGCCUGUGGAAAGGCAUUGAUAGCAUUGAUCAAUGAGGUGCUUGACCGGGCAAAGAUUGAAGCUGGCAAAUUAGAGCUUGAAGCCGUCCCUUUUGACCUACGUUCCAUAUUAGAUGAUGUUCUUUCUUUGUUCUCUGAGAAGUCUAGACACAAAGGUAUUGAGCUGGCUGUUUUUGUUUCUGACAAAGUUCCAGAAAUUGUUCUGGGGGAUCCAGGGAGAUUUAGACAGAUCAUUACAAAUCUCGUUGGGAACUCUGUUAAGUUCACUGAACGAGGGCACAUAUUUGUCAAAGUUCAUCUAGAUGAAAAUGCUAAGGCAACAGCAUUUGCAAAAGCUGACAGUUGUUUGAAUGGAGGAUCCAGCGAUGUGAUUGUAUCUGAUUCUUGUCAGUUCAAGACUUUAAGUGGUUUUGAAGCUGCUGAUGAUCGAAACGGUUGGGAAGCUUUUAAACAUUUAGUUGCUGAUGAAGAUUUUCAAUCUAAUGGCUCAUUGAAUGUGCUGACCACUAAUGAUGCCUGUGAGAAUGUUACUUUGGUGGUAUCUGUGGAGGAUACAGGUAUUGGUAUCCCCUUGCAUGCGCAGGAUCGUGUUUUCAUGCCCUUCAUGCAGGCUGACAGUUCAACUUCGAGAAAUUAUGGAGGAACUGGUAUUGGUUUGAGCAUCAGUAAAUGUCUGGUUGAGCUUAUGGGUGGCCAUAUAAGCUUUGUUAGCCGGCCUCAGGUUGGAAGUACAUUUUCAUUCACUGCUGCUUUUGGGAGAUGCAAGAAAAAUAAAUUUAACAAAAUGGAAAAGCGUAAUUCUGAAGAUCUUCCUUCUAGCUUUAGAGGAUUGAAAGCAAUAGUAGUUGAUGGCAAACCAGUUAGAGCUGCUGUAACUACAUACCAUUUGAAGAGGCUUGGUAUCUUGGCUGAAGUUGCAAGUAGUCUCAAGGUGGCUGCUUUUACCUGUGCGAAAAACGGUUCUCUGAAAUCUAGCAGUGCCCAGCCGGAUAUAAUUCUAGUGGAGAAGGACUCUUGGAUUUCUGGGGAAGAUGGUGGUUCAAGUGUAUGGCUGCUGGAACGGAAACAGAAUGGACAUGUCUUUAAAUUGCCUAAGAUGAUACUUCUUGCUACAAACAUCAGUAGUGAUGAAUUUAAUAAAGCAAAGGCAGCAGGUUUUGCGGAUACCGUGAUCAUGAAACCUCUGAGGGCAAGUAUGGUGGGUGCAUGUCUUCAACAGGUGAUGGGAAUGGGGAAGACAAGACCUCAAGGGAAAGAUGUACCUAAUGGAUCUUCUUUCCUUCAAAGUCUACUCUAUGGAAAGAAAAUUCUAGUAGUUGAUGACAAUAUGGUAAACCGCAGAGUUGCGGCAGGGGCUCUAAAAAAGUUUGGAGCUAAUGUAGAAUGUGCUGACAGCGGCAAAGCAGCACUAAAAUUGCUUCAACUACCACAUAGUUUUGAUGCAUGCUUUAUGGACAUUCAAAUGCCAGAAAUGGAUGGGUUUGAGGCAACCCGUCGAAUCCGGCAGAUGGAGAGCCAAGCAAAUGAACAAAUAAAUGGUCAAUCCAUGGCAGAAGGAGGAGCUGCUAGAAAGGGAGAGUGGCAUGUGCCGAUACUAGCCAUGACAGCUGAUGUGAUACAUGCCACAUAUGAUGAGUGCCUGAAGUCUGGAAUGGAUGGAUACGUAUCAAAGCCCUUUGAGGAAGAAAAUCUCUAUCAGGCAGUAGCCAAGUUCUUCAAAGCCAAGCCCAUAUCAGACUCAUAACCUGAUUUCCCUUGCCUCCUGCAAACCAAGCAAAUCUAAAUUAGAGUUUUAUUGGGUUGAGGUGGUACCGGCAAUUUUCAAUCAUCUGCUGGUGCAGUAUGGUGAUGGACAAUGGUUUCCUUGGCAUUUUCAUGAUUCUUGAUCAAUGGUGAUCACAGGUUUGGGCGAGUAUUACUAACCAACUUUAUAUUAACUUUGACUAGAAUCAGAGUAUGUGUAUACUACUACUACUACUGAAGGAGCCUCCAUCCCCACUCCUGUAUAGAUCCUAGAAGAGGGAGGAAGCAAAGAUGUAAAUCUCAUAAUUCUUUUUUGUUACUUCUUGAAGAAAGGGUCUGCACACCUUGAUCUGUAUUAUUAUCUGUUCUACAAGACUUUAUCAAUGAGGAUUUUGAUACCAGAACCUAAUCCCGAGCGAAAUACACGCGCACAUUUCCCACUGGAGUCUCUCGUAGAUGAUAUGACUGAUUGUUUUGCUUCACUCAAGAGUAGAGGAUGUAAAAACCUUCUCCAAAAAGGGCUCUGCGAUUAUCAUUUUAGAAUGCAUGUUAUGGCAAUUUAUUGUCAAUCAAAUCUUGUAUUCAGCAACGCACUUCAAAUCAAGAAUCUAGUGAAUGUUGGAUGUACCUGUGAAUUUUGGUCCUGCUUAGAUUUCAAUUAUAUUGCAGCUGGAGGCUUGAUUUGCGGCUAUACCCGUUAAUUUCUUGUACGCUACUCUCUGUUGCACAAACAAUAUUAGGAAUAAAAAACAAACUUGUAACUUGUUGAUUAAUGUAAUUGCAAAAGGGGCAAUUGAGUGCUUAUAUACGUACUA